AUGAAGAAGGCAGAAGAACUCAUUCAUAUGAGGUCUGAUGAGUGGAAUUUUCAAAUCAUGGGGCCUUUUGAACAGCACACUGUUGAUGUUCUUGGAAGAUCUUGUUCUUGUAGGAAGUGGGAAUUGACUGGGCUCCCAUGUAAGCAUGCUAUUUCUGCCAUUUGGUGUAGAAAAGAAGAACCAGGGUGGUAUGUUGAUCAUUUAUACACUGUUGAAACAUAUAGAAAGGCAUAUGAACUGCCAAUAUUAGGGAUAAAUGGUCCUGAUUUGUGGCCUAAUGUUGAGCUUCCCCUACCUAUCCCUCCUGUAAUUGUGAAGAGACCUGGAAGACCUAAGAAGGUAAAGAGAAGAAAUCCAACUGAGCCACCAAGUUCAUUGCCUCAUAAUCCCCUGAGAUUGAAAAAGCACCAGAGGAGUGUGACAUGCAGAGUUUGUGGAGAACAUGGCCACAAUGCUAGAAAGCAUAAGAAGGCUGACCAAAAUGAAGAACAAGAGGAGAUCCCAGUGAGUGAACCUCAGCCUCCACUAGCUACUGACAAUGUUUUCUCAAGUCAGUCACUUGCACCAACACCUGCAAACAACAACAAUGAUGCUGAAGCUAGCAGAAAUAGGUCUGAGGAAAAGAGAAGAACAACAAGGAAGAGAAAAAGCAGUCAGUUGGAUGGAAAUGGCAAUGAGGAUCAAGGACAAACUGUCAAUGCCACUCAAUCUGAAGGAGUCCCUUGUCCUGUUGUGGUGAAAAGAGUUGUGAAUUACAUAACAGUCUCCAACAUCAGAGCUACUUUGAGGCCAAGGAAUGGGGCAGCUCCUGGUAAGGACAAGGCUGGAAACAAGUAA